GUCAUGACCGCAACCAUCUGGGCUCCUUGAUGAAAAGUGAAAGUGAUCAACACAAGAACAUAAUGCCAUCGAUCGCCUGGAAAGCGCCUGGAAGCCAGGAUAGCUAGAGCGCUAGCUGUCUCGCGAUGGCGGACUCAGCGGCGAGGCCAGCCGUUCCGACGCUGGAGAUCACCGAGGCGGCUGGCAAGGCGGACGGGGACCCCGAGCCGUACGUGCCGAACGGAGCGGCCGCCAGCGCCGGGGAGGGCGGGGCGCAGCUGGCACCGCCUUGCUCCGGGAGCCCCACGGGGGAGGGGCCGCGACCGAGGCGGAGCAGUCUCAAAAAGAGAUCUGUUGGAGAGGCCCCCACUGAGAAAAAGUCAGUAUCCUUCACCAGUAUGCCCAGUGAAAAGACCAUUGCCAAUGCCUCAGAUUGCCUCCAAAUCAUGCAAAAUGGCACUGAACUCAUCAAAAUCCGCUCCAAUGUUCGACAGUAUCAGAGACUCUUUCUGUUGGACCAGGGCUCGGAUGCGAUACGAUGGCAGCCGAGCAAAAAGGGGGACAAGGCAAGAAUUCCCGUAGAAUCCAUCAAGGAGGUACGGCGAGGAAAACACACCGAGACUUUCCGUAAUGUCGGUGUGCAGUACCCAGACGAGUGCUCGUUUUCUAUUAUCCACGGAAAUGAGUUUGAGACGUUAGAUCUUGUUGCAUACACUCCAGAUGAAGCCAACAUCUGGAUAACCGGACUCACAUGCUUGAUAAGUAAAGGAGACUCACGGGUAGGAGAAAACACAAUAGAAGCAGCAGAGGAGGUGAAAGAGACAUUAAGAGACACCUGGCUGAAGAAGUCUUUCCGGAGCCUUGAUAAGUCAAACUCUGGCUUUCUGGAGUCGGACCAAAUCAUAUCGUUGGCAAUGCAACUGGACUGCGACAUCAGCAUUGCACGUGUCAAGCACAAGUUAAAGGAACUUAGCGUAUCGAGGGGCGAGGACAACACCAAUGCAAAACUGAAGGUGACAAGCUCAGAGUUUGUGGAACUGUUUAAAGAAGUGUCAACGAGGCCAGAGAUUUACUUCUUGAUGGUGAGAUAUGGAUGCAGGGACUUUCUGACAGCAGGGGACUUGCACCUAUUUCUAGAAGCCGAGCAAGGAAUGUCCAACGUAACCAAAGAAAAAUGUUUGAAAAUCAUAAGCACCUUUGAGCCUUCAGAGGAGGGGAGGGAAAGGGGACAAAUCGGGAUUGACGGUUUCACAAAAUACCUCUUGUCAUCCGAGUGUGACAUCUUUGACGAAGAACACAGUAAGAUACACCAGGAUAUGACCCAUCCGUUGUCACACUACUACGUGUUUUCCUCCCACGACUCGUACCUGCUACCGGGCGUAGAAUACGUGCCAAGCCUGAAUGCGUACGCACGAUUGCUCCAGAGGGGGUGUCGGUACGUGGAACUUGUCUGUUGGGACGGAGAGCACGGGGAUGACGAGCCAUUGGUUUGCCAUCAUCCGUCAGAAACAACGCGCCUACGCUUCAAAUCGGUGGUGGAGAUCAUAGCACAGUAUGCGUUUCAGGCUUCAGACUACCCACUAAUCAUUGGUAUUGACAACCACUGCUGUGAAGAGCAACAGAUCAAAAUUGUGAACUACAUAGCAGCAACGUUUGGUGACAUGCUUGUCAGGUCCAUUGUGGAGGAGGGGGGUGUUCAGCUGCCAUCCCCUUACGAUCUGAGGAAAAAGGUGCUCGUCAUGGGGAAGAAAAAUGUCUUACCCAUGACCUCUACUCAGAGUUCCUCAUCUCUGUCCACGAAUGACAUGCAGAACGCCCUGUCAACAGUCAAGGUCAAAAGGGAAAAAGGGAGACCACCUCUGUGUAAGGAGCUAGCCGACCUGAUUGUCCUGUGCAAGUCUGACAAGAUAGAAGAUCUGCCCACCUCAGCCUCCGAAUCUUGUGCCCAGUAUGUCUGCUCCUUCAGCCAAUCAGGAGCCAUCAGGCUGGCAGUCUCGUUCCCAGAGGAGUUUGUAAACUACAACAAGAAGUACAUGAGUGAAGUGCAUCCAGACAGUAACAAGGAUGAGGAUGCUAUCAACUAUAACCCCCAGGACUACUGGAACUGUGGCUGCCAGAUUGUAACAGUUAAUUAUCAUAUGCCAGGGCUGAUGACAGACCUGAAUGAUGGACGCUUUCUAGAGAACGGAGGCUGUGGCUACGUCCUGAAACCUUCCAUCAUGAGGGAUGAGAUAGCAUACUUCAGCGCCAACACCCGCGAGGGUCUGCCGGGCGUCACGCCGCAGAUUCUCCACGUCAGGAUCAUCAGCGGGCAGCAGUUCCCCAAACCUCGCGGCUCCACGGCGAAAGGCGACAUCAUCGAUCCGUACAUCGUGCUGGAGAUUUUUGGAAUUCCCGCGGACUGCGUAGAAGCAAGGACUAGAGCUGUUCCACAGAACGGCUAUAAUCCUGUGUUCGACGAAAGUUUCGAAUUUCAGAUCAAUUUCCCAGAAGUGGCUUUGGUUAGAUUCGUGGUCUUGGACGAAGAAUUCAUUGGAGACGACUUCAUUGGACAGUGCACUAUUCCAUUUGAAUGCUUGCAAACAGGCUACCGACACAUUCGACUGAUGUCCAGCACGGGAGACCAACUGGAAAGUGCCACUCUGUUUGUCCACAUAGCCAUAACGAACAAGAGAGGAGGAGGAAAACCUACCAAAAGGGGCCUUUCGGUGAAGAAGUCUAAGAAGCGUCAGGAGUACACGUCUUUAAGGAAUGUGGGGGUCAGAAUCAUCGAUGACUGCUUUAAGGGUGCAACACCACCGCUUCAAGAAGCAGCCAAACUACGAGAGAAUGUCCAGGUUGCCAUGACUACAUUCAAGGAAUCCUGCGGUGUCCCCCAGAUUUCUACGCUUAUGCAGUGUGUGCGUACGCUCAUCUCCCGGUUCACAGCGACCGGGGAUGUCUCCAUAGUCUUGAAAGGAGACGGACAGUUCCCUAUCCUGGAGGCCUCUGGGAAUGCUCCGGAAGUCCUGAAGAAAGCUUUGUCAGCCUUUGAUGUUGUGGUAUCCACGGGAUGUUCCUUGGUUGACAAGGCUGACAGUCUCCGACAAGAGAUGCUGGACAGGAGAAAAGCAGGUCUAGAGUUCCAUGAGAAGCUACAGGAGCUGAGUUCCAAGGAGGGUCUGAAGGGUCGGAAGUUGACUCGAGCUCUUGAGAACUUCGCAUGGAACAUCCGAGUUCUUCAAGGUCAGGCCGACCUUAUCCAAGCUGCCAAAAACGAAUGUCUGGACAACAUGAAGCAAGUGCAAGAAACUGCUGUGGCAACAGGUGUCAUAGUAGAGACCAAGUCAGAAACGAAACCAACUUAGGCUGGAUUGCAGUUUAAGGAAGAAGUCAAUAGUGUAACAUACACCUGUAUUUGACACAAGAAACUGAAGAAAGCUGCUGUUUUUAAUUCCCAAGCAGAUGUAUGGCUUUAGCCUGUUUAUCAGUACAAUGUCAUUUUUUUCUUGUUUUGUGUUUUCUAAGUAGUGAAUUUUACUUAAUCACCUUGCCAUACAGACAAUAUACAAAAUGCAACUUUUAAUGCUACUUAAAGUGCUUCAUGCUUGAAAUCACAAAAUGGACCAAAUCCACCCAAGAAAAAGGCUUUACCAAUAAUAUUCUCAUGAUUCCAAUGUGUCAUCAUAAUGAUAGCACUUUUUUACCUGCUCCCUACUACCUAACCCUGCAACCAAUAGAGAACUGAUUUUAUUGGCUUCUUCUGGGCCAGUAUGCUAAAGGUUUCGUUGGCUACUUUUCAAUCAGUAUGCUAGUGCUAAAGGUUUCAUUGGCUACUUCUGAACCAGUAUGCUAAAGGUUUCAUUGGCUACUUCUGAAUCAGUAUGCUAAAGGUUUCAUUGGCUACUUCUGAAUCAGUAUGCUAAAGGUU